ACCGAGCAGCAGCGCAGGCGCCACUUUCUCGAGAGAAACCGCAUUGCCGCGUCAAAGUGCAGGCAGAAGAAGAAGGUGUGGGUUCAGCAGCUGGAGCGCCGGGCCGAGGAGGUCACCAACCAGAACCGCUCCUUGCACAUUGCCGUCGCGCAGCUCAAGGAGGAGGUGAUGAUCUUGAAGAACCAGUUGCUCGCUCAUCGCAACUGCAGCUGCAGCACCAUCCAUCAGUUCCUUCAGACAGAGUGCAAUACUUCCAGCGAGAGCGCCGUU